AUGUCAUGUCUUAGUAAGUCCUUCUUGUCAUAUUUAACUCUUACAGUAGAUGGUUCACUAUGGGCUAUAGAUGAGAAGGGAAGAAUACUUUGGCAAAACAAAUUGAUCCCGGGAGGAACCUUUCAUCCAAAAGAACUGGUUACUACUAAAGAUAGUAUUACCAAUAGGCUAUACUGUUCAUUUCAAGGUAGCAUAUUCUAUUACUCACUAAAUAAAAAUGUAGAUGACGUGACAACUGCGCAUGAAUUAAUUCCACUCGAUGGAAUUCGCAUAAACAACUUGGUUGAAAAGUGUCCAUUCCACUCGUCUUUAUUCCCUGGAGUAUACUUAUCUGGAUCUAGGCACUCUGAUAUAACUACAUUAGAUAUUAUGACAGGAAGAGUUGUUUCAAAUCCUGCAUCUCCUGAACAGUGUACAGUGCAUCCAGAUGAUGGUGGAAUUUCCAAACUAUCUCCUUUUAAUGAUGUAGUAAUUGGAAUUACAACUUGGUAUAUUAGAGCCUUAAAUAUAAACACCCAUAUGCUUGAGUGGGACUUACGUUAUGUGGAUGUUACAAGUCUUGAUCACGGAGUUAAUGACCACCUUGAUAAUCCAAGGCUAUUACAAUCAAGAAAUAGGACAUCAUUGUAUUAUGGUCCAACUAGACAUUCUCUUUACUUUGAUAAUGUAUCUGUAGAGUUUCCUUCUCAAAUAUCUAGUGUCUUUAAGUUAGAAACAGAUUCAGCAUUUCCAUAUUUUUCAUCGAGAUUACUUUAUUUGAAGGAAAUGACUGUUUCAAAUUAUUUCUACUCCUCUCAGAUGGUAUUAAGUCCAGUAAUAUCUGUAGGUAAUAUUCUUUUAACAGAAGAUGGUGAUUUAAUGAAGAAUUCAGGGAAAGACAAAAGUUAUUGCAUUGAAAGAUUACUACGAGAAGUUUUACCUUCUAUUCCCUUAAAAAAGUUUAUAGCCCCUCCACUUCUACCAUCACCAGAGGUUACAAUAGACGAACAUAUAAGCUUAUCUGAUAGUAGUACCUCUUCACAGUCCUUACCAUCUUUUUCAACUAACACACAAGCAUUAUCUUCAGAACAAUCUUUGUUACCUUCAACAUCUCCAUCAUCUGUUCUAGUAGUAACGGUGAGUAAAACAUAUGUUAUGGUAGUUACAGCAGUUGUAUUUUCUGGAGGUGUAGUCAUAAUUUUGCUUUUAAUUUUGGUAUUAAAGAGAACAAAAAGUAUUAGCUCAACUGAGAAAUUUUACUCAAAUGGUAUUACAGGUUCUAAGGGUGCAGAAGCACUAAAAAAUUCUUUUCUUGCAACAUCUUCAUAUACUAAGUUCAAUUCAGAGGAGAAUGAUCUUGAUUUAAAAGAUGAAAAUAAUUUGUUUAGAUUUGUAAAAAGUCACUCUAUGGUUGAUAUGAGGACAAGUUUUAUGGGGAUAUCAAAGAAUGUCUUUUUUAAAGCACUAAAUGGUAAGAAUGAUAAUAUAAUUCAUCAUAGAACUAUAGAAAAAUCUGAAGUGAAGUUUGAAAAGUCAGAGCAAAGGUCUGGUGUAAAUAUAACUCUAACUAGUAGUGACGCUACAAUACCUACCACUAUGGAUAUUACUACAGGUCAAAUUCCUGGUUCAGUUAUAUCAGUGGGUCCGAAAUCAUCUUCACUAUACUCAAUUCCAAGUGAUUCGGAAUUAGCUCGCUGUAUUGAUAAUGGUAGGUUUUCAAAAAAUUUUGAGAUUUGUAAAUUAAUUGGUCGUGGUGGAUUUGGUCAUGUAUAUCAAGUUGAGCAUAAACUUGAGCGUGGAACAUUUUAUGCAAUAAAAUUCCUAAGAUUAGGUCUUGGGGCAGAUGAUGACAUUACAAGAAUCAGAUACUUUAGAGAAAUCACAGCAAAUAGAACAACACUGAGCAAACAUGUGGUUCGUUACUACACAUGGUGGUGUGAAGAACCAGAAGCACUUCAAGGAUAUGUCGAAGGUAUAGAAAAUUUAGGUUGUCCUAAGUCUGUUUCACAGCUAUCUAUAAAGCCUGAAGUUCUUCAUAGGAGAAAUUUUAAGAAAACUACAAGACAAGAAAAGUACAAUAAUCUAAAUAUCCAUAAUGUAAACAGGAAAUUUAGUAGUGAUGACAGUGAUGAUGGUUUUCAGUUAGAGAAGGAUUACGAUGAAUUUAAUGAAUAUUCCUAUAGUGGGUCAUCUGAAGAUAGCCGUGCACCAUUUGAUGAUGAUAAUUAUAGCUAUCAGUUUGUGACCGGCAAACAAAUUUCGAAUUGGACCUUGAAUGUAGAUUCUGUAUCAAGUUUGACACCUAGUAUUAACUCGAGUAGUUUAGGAAUGACUACUGAUGAAAAUGACUUCAUAGCUUUUGAGGAAGAUAACUUCGAAGACACAAAAAGUGUAAAUUCUGUAAAUAGUAAGAGGCAGGAUAUUAAAUUCUCUGAAGACAAAUCAGACUUGAUAUUAAAUAACCCUAUGGAUGAUACUAGUGAUGACAAUGGUAUACUAUAUAGAACAAGAACAAUCACUUCAUCUAUAUCUCUAACAGCAGUAAAUAAAGAACAAAAUCAGGCUAACAGAUUUGGAUACAAAAGCCCAAAUACACAAUUAGGGAUUUCUACUCUUAAUGUACCCACUUCUUUAGAUCGUCACCACUCUCUAGUUUACUUAUCUCCAGGUUGCCGUCGUGCUAAUGGUCCAGUGUAUGAAGUGAUUAUGAUGAUUCAAAUGGAGUUAUGUAUAGGUGUUACUUUACGUUCAUGGCUAGGAGAUACAAAUAGAAGUACAACAAUUGGUGGUGGUGAAGUUGAAUUAAACUUUUUUAAACAGAUAAUCAAAGGUAUCCGUGAUAUACACGAGAAAGGAAUUGUCCACCGUGACUUAAAACCUGAAAAUAUAUUCGUUAAUCCGUGUACAUUGCAGAUAAAAAUUGGUGAUUUUGGCUUGGCUCGUUUGAUGUAUGAUAAUGAAAGUAAUGGUGCUGUAAAUAGUACAAAUCUGAAUAGUGUGAAUGAUAUAAAUUCAGCCACAAACUACAGUUUAAAUAAAUUUAUGGCCUCAAAUAGAAAAAAGAAGGGUCCACUAUCAAGACUAGAUUCACAAAUAAGUGUACGUGGGCAAUUAAUUGGAACUCCUGGUUAUACUGCACCAGAAGGUGGUGCUUUAUGCAAUGAAAAGGCAGAUAUAUUUUCGGCAGCAUUGAUUCUAUUAGAAUUACUGUGCCCAAGAUUCACAACAGCAAUGGAAAGGAUAAAUGUUUUGGAUAACUUUAGAAAUAAACGAAUAGUUCCAAGUUCCAUUAUUAGAAAUCACAAUUCAUGGGUUCCACUACUAAGAUCCAUGGCCUACCAAGACCCAGAACUAAGACCUUCAUCUGAACACGCUUAUAGAAUCGCAAAGGAGAUUAUUAGGAAUUCUAGCAACGUUUAUAAUAAACUAUCUUGA